GACCGAUUAUACUUAAAGCUGAGCGUUCACCGAUGAACAACAAGCAUGGCUUUAUACAGGAAAGUGGCUCUGGUAACCGGUGGUGCGCAAGGAAUCGGACGGGCAGUGGCCGAAGCCCUACUAAAGAAUGAAUCAAAGGUUGCGCUUGUUGAUCGCAACACAAAAGUUGGAGAAGACUGCAAGAAAGUAUUAGAUCAAGAAUUCGGAGAAGGGAAUUGUAUUUUCAUACAAUGUGACGUGGCUGACAGAGGGAAACUAAAAGAUGCUUUUGAGACCACAGUCGAGAAGUUUGGAAAACUGGAUAUCGUCAUUAACAAUGCUGGAAUCAACAACGAAAAAAACUGGGAAAAGACUAUUGAAGUUAACUUGACAUCUCUCAUAAAAGGUACAUACUUGGCACUGGAGCACAUGAGCAAAGAGUAUGGGAAGGAUGGGGGUGUCAUCAUUAAUGUCUCAUCUAUGGCAGCUUUCCUCCAUUCUCCACACCAGCCAGUAUACACAGCCACCAAGCACGGGGUGAUUGGAUUCUCCAGAGCCAUGGCUGAUGCGGCUGAAGAAGGGGACUAUGGUGUGAGGAUCAACGUGUUGUGUCCUGCCUUUGUGGACACGCCCCUCCUCCAGUCCAUCGAGCAAGAAGACAACAUGGGGAAAUUUAUCAAAUACAAGGACGUCUUCAAGGAGAAGAUACACAAGUAUGGAGUAUUACAGCCGUCUCAGAUCGCAGAAGGAAUGCUGAAGCUCAUCACGGACAGCGGGCUGAAUGGGGCAGUCAUGAAGAUCACUUGCUCCAAAGGGAUUCACUUUCACACCUAUGAACCCCUGUCUGCCUGAACCCACUGCCACCGCCAAACCAGUCAUGAAGA